AUGUAUUCUCCAAUUUCACAUGAUUUGAAUAACAUUUCUAACAACGAUCAUUUUGACUUACCUGAUGCAUCUAGUAUUAAUAUUAUAAAUAAUAAUGUAUUGGAUGAGUCCAUCACCAUUGUAACUGACAAUGGUGACAACUAUGAAUCAUUUGUUAAUAAUAAAGCAGUAGAAUUAUUGUCAAAAUGGUAUAACGAGUCAGGGUUACCAAGAAAUAAAGUUCAAAGUAUUAUGAAUGAUAUAACAACAUUUUUAAAUGAUAUAGUUCCUCCUUUGAAAACUGAAGUAGAAUCAAAUUUUGCUGGUGAUUCCAUAAUACGCCUAAAUGUUAAGUUUAAUAUUUUGUGUGAUCCUUUCAAAAAUUUAAAUACUGAACAUAAAAGAUUUAUAGCAUUUCACAGCUUGGGUACAUUGAUAAAACCACUUGGAUCUAUUGUAGGUUAUAGACCAAAUGAUUCUCUCCAAAGAGGAGAUGUGAUUAUUAAAUCAAUUCCUGUCAAAAUCUAUAGCGUACAACUAGAGAAAUUAUUUAGACAAUUUUUUGAAGUACCAAAUGUAUAUAAUACCUUUUUGAAAUAUUCAGAAACUAUAAUAGAAGCCAAUGAUAAUUUGAUCCAUAAUUUUAUACAAAGUCAAAUGUGGAGAGAUAAAAUUUUACUCUCUGAUAAAAUAUUAAUUCCUUUUUUUCUGUAUUUUGAUGAUUUUGAAACAAAUAACCCCCUUGGAAGUCAUGCUGGAAUACAGAAGUUAGGAGCAAUUUAUGUAAGUUUGCCUGGUUGCCCUCCUGAAUUUGCUUCUAAGUUAGAAAACAUUUUUAUGGUUUUAUUGUUUAACACUACUGACAAGAAACUGGUAGGGAAUCGGGAACUCUUCAAACACAUAAUUUUAGAAAUUAAUGAUUUGGAGUCCAGGGGUAUUCAGAUAUGUGUUGACAAUCAAAAUAUUCAAAUAUAUUUAUCAUUAGCUCUAAUAUUAGGUGAUAAUUUAGGCUUACACAGCAUUUUAGGGUUUUCGGAAAGUUUUAAUGCAAACUAUCCUUGUAGAUUUUGCAAAUGUUCCAAAGCUGAAUGUAAUUCUUUAACACUCCAAGAUACUUCUAAACUUAGAACAGUGGAAAAUUAUUCAAUUGAUGUUAACAUUAAAAACUUAUCCACAACUGGUGUUGUCGAAUCUUGUAUUUGGAAUGAUGUUACCUCUUUUCAUGUUGUUCAUAAUUAUUCUGUCGACCUCAUGCAUGACUUACUAGAGGGUGUUUGUAAUUAUGAUUUAACAGGUAUUUUAAGGCUCUUUAUAAUUGAUUUUAAAUAUUUUAGUUUAGAGACACUAAAUCAAAGGAUACAGUAUUUUGGAUAUGGUCCUACCGACAUUAGAAAUAGACCUCAAGCAAUUUCAGAAAAUAAUUUAAAAAAUAACAAGCCUUUAAUGUUAAAGACUACUGCUAGUGAAAUGUGGUGCUUAACUAGAUAUCUAGGUCUGUUAAUAGGAGAUAUGGUUCCUAGAAAUUCAGAAAUCUGGCAAUUAUAUAUUGUAUUAAAUAAAAUAUUAGAUAUAGCAACAUCACACAGUGUUGGACCUGAAUGUCCAUUUAUAUUAAAAAACUUAAUUGAUGAACAUCAUCAAUUAUAUACAAAAUUGUUCAAAACCAAUUUAAAGCCUAAGCACCAUCAUCUAUUGCACUAUCCCUCUAUAAUGGAAAGAGUAGGUCCAUUGAUAAAUAUUUGGUCAAUGCGUUUUGAGGCUAAACACAAGGAGUCAAAAGUGGCUGCACAAGCUAUAACCAGCAGAAAAAAUAUCUGCUACACUUUAUUUUUGAAAAACCAACUCAAAGUAGCUCAUCGAGUAGCCAACAGUAUUAAUUUUAAUCUAUCUGCCCUAUUUAAGAUUGACAAUGAAUAG